AUGUUUUGGAGAAUCCAACUUAUUCCUGAGAUGCUGAAAAAGAUGGUUAUUGAUGCAGCAGGAAGUCUUUGGCCCACCAUGACCAUCGUAUACACCAACAAAGAUUCCAUAUGGGACAGAACCAAGCAAGAACAAGAAGCCAAACUCAACCUGCCAGUUUCAGCCAGAGCCUUAGCUGUGGCCAGACCCAACCCCGAGGACACUCCAAUGAUCACGACACAUCCUUUUCUUAAG